AUGGAGGGCGCCGGCGGAGGCCAUGGCCUCGACGAGGAGCUGGCGAGGGCGGUCCCCAGUGGGGGCUCUGGCGGUGGCGGGGCUAGCAGGGGCACGGCCGUCGGAGGCGGCGGAGGUAGGCGCCCGCGAUGGAGCGAGGCGGGGCGGCAGCGUGAGGCAGGACAGGGGCGCCCGGCGGGAGGCAGCACGGGUGGAGCAGCAGGGGAGGCUACGGCGACGCGAGCCACGGCAGGUGCGAGUGAUCCAGUGAGGAGGCCACGGUUCCGAGGCAGCAGGGUGGUCAGCGCAGUAGCAGCAGUAGAACAGGAGGCGGCGGGCGCACGCGCAGGUGGCCGGAGGCGCUGCGAGCGGCAAGGAGCAUGGGGCGCGCGCGAGGGCGAGCAAGUGGAGGCCGGGGCGUGCACGGUUGUGGCCUGGGGCGCACAACAGGCGAGCGAGGACGGCGCGUGCGUAGGCGGACGGCGGGGCGCGCAUUGCGCGGCACGGGGGGUCGAGCGCGCGCGGGAGGAGAGGACGGGGCCUCACCGGCGUGGCCGUAGGGUCAAGGGCAGCGGGUGCCGAGGAGGAGCAUGGGGACGACGUGUGUGGUGCCGGCGAUGGCGAAUGACUUCGGCGUCAGGGCGCUCGGGCGCUGCAUCAGCGACGACGGUGGCUGGAGCUAGACGCGGGGUAGGAGAGGUGACGAGGCGGUCCGGCGGGGAGCUGGCGCCGGUGAGGAGGUGGUGGGACGAGGCGGCGACGGUGGGUGCCGACGGCGUCGAGGGCGGGGCGAACGGCGGCGAGCGUAGGGGCGCUGCCCCGAUCUGGAUCGGGGAGAUCAUCAAGUACUACCAGCCGCCCUCCCGCUUGCUCCAGUUGAUGGCAAGCGGGCGAGAAAGCCAGGUGGCUGGCAAGGCCCGCAACAAGACGAUGAGGAAGAAGUCGUACAUGCAGAUGCCUUCUCCACGUCUGGUGUCACGCGCGCAUUCUCCGCCAUCUCCGCUCCCACCCAUCACCUCCUGCUCCGCCACCUACAGCUACCGCAGCCUCCGAUGA